UGUAAACAUGGAGAGUGCCAUGAGGAUCUUUAGAAGCCGUGGUGUGUCAAAACUGACACACCAACUGCUGAAAAGAUGCCUCCAUUCAUCAACAGUGGCACGUAUGGCCAUAACACCUAGGUCAGAGCCAGUAAGUCAUCCUGAGGGUAAACAAAGGGUCACUCUGGUACCGGGGGAUGGCGUGGGUCCCGAGAUAAUGUCCAGCGUACAGGCAGUCUUCACUGACGCUGGAGUACCUGUGGAGUUUGAGGAGUUUCACAUCAGUGAAGUCAACCCCAAGAUGAAUGCCAAGCACGAUGAUGUCAUCAACUCUUUCUUGACCAAUGGUGUUGGUUUAAAGGGCAUCAUAGCCACGCCCACCCACUUCAAGGGCGGAGUGCUGCAGACUCUUAACAUGAGGCUGAGGAAGGAAAUGGACUUGUAUGCCAAUGUUGUUCAUGUGAAGAGUCUCCCUGGGGUGAGGACAAGGCACAAUAACCUAGACUUCCUCAUCAUAAGAGAACAGACAGAGGGAGAGUACAGCGCACUGGAACAUGAGAGUGUGUCUGGGGUGGUGGAGAGCCUGAAGAUCAUCACCAGAGAGAAGUCCAGAAGAAUUGCCAAGUUUGCAUUUGAUUAUGCCACAAAACAUGGCAGGUCCAAGGUCACAGCUGUACACAAGGCAAAUAUUAUGAAACUUGGUGAUGGCCUUUUCCUAGAAUGCUGUCAAGAAAUCUCAGAAUUAUAUCCUAAGAUUCAGUUUGAAUCCAUGAUCAUUGACAACUGUUGCAUGCAGCUGGUUUCUAACCCCUAUCAGUUCGAUGUGAUGGUGAUGCCAAAUCUCUAUGGCAACAUAGUAGAUAAUUUGGCUGCGGGACUGGUAGGUGGCGCUGGUGUGGUGGCUGGUGAGAGCUACAGCCAAGAUGUGGCAGUGUUCCAGCCUGGUGCUCGCCACUCAUUUGCCCAGGCAAUGGGGCGGGACAUUGCCAACCCUACGGCCAUGAUUCUCAGUGCCUGUAACAUGCUGAAACACAUGCAUUUGGAGUACCACAGUAAACUGAUUGAAGAUGCCUUACUCAGAGUGAUCAAAGCUGGCAAGGUGCUGACUCCAGACAUGAAUGGGUUCUCCACUAUGUCUGACUUCACCAAUGCAAUAGUGCACCAGCUUCAUUCUUAACACUACUAGUUCCUGGUCAAACUACACAAAGUCCGAGGCACAAAUCAGUAUCAUUUCCACUUACCAGUUACCAAUAGCAACGGGGCACAAUUUCCUUUUGCCAGCUCUAAUUCUUUAGUCUUAGAAUGGUAUAUCUUUGUUUGGUCAUUCCAAACUUAAAUGGUACCAACAAAAUCCCCUGUAAAAUAGAAAAUGUUGACAAGGCUCUUCUGGCAUUUGACAUAAAGCUAUAACAUCUGUAUCAUUUAUUACACGUUACACGAACAGGAAACAAUCAUUGAGAUUAUUGUACUUUAGAAAUCAUGAGACUGUGCACGAGGUAAAUUAUUACGAGCGAACAAAUGUACACUAGAUAUGUUAUUUAAAUGAAAAUUGGAUUUACAUUUUUCAUCCCAGUGAUGUUGGUUCAUUUACACUGAGUGUUAAGAUUGUCUUUUCAAUUGUGACGUCUUUGACUGUGUUAUUUAUUGAUAUGUAUGGCAAUACUUGUAUUUUAGAGAUGUGUAAAAAGAAUGUAUACAUUUUAAAAGAUAUGAGGAUAUUAAACAUAAAAUUCUUCACA